AUUAUCAGGCUGAACAGGAGACAAUAGUGAAUGCCACAGGUGCGGACCAAGCCAUUGUAACUCACUGGAAACAUAACAGGGAAUGAGCAUGUCAAAGCGCAUUGGCACCGCCUCUGGUAUGUGCGUAAAGACGCGUAAGAAGUGGCGCCGCAAGUGUGGAUUAUCUGACAGGAGUCUUGAGGAGGAGCGCUGCUGCACAGCUUCCCAGUGACCGGAGAGAAGCGAUGGGACCAGCGGCGUGUGUGUUUCUCCAGUCUGUUUACAGUCUGUCUUCUCACACUCGCUGUUGACCGCGCCAGAGAAAAGCCCUUCUGUGAACUUUUGAACCCUCUCGAGCUGAGAUGGUUUAUUUCUUUGGAAAAAAGGCUGCAGUAGUGGAGUUGGUCUCAGCCCUGCACCACCGGAGGACAGCUGGACAGUGAGUGGCGGUACCCUUGGAGGCUGGAUGGACAGCAUGUCUCCACAACAGCAACAGGACAACUUCAGCCGAGGCGGUGGACAACAAGAAAACAAAAGGAGAAUAAAGUCUGUUAGUCAUCGUCGUCAGUCCGCCCCAUCUCUGGUCAUCACCAAGGCUCUCACUCGCUCCAGGACUCUCUCCAGAGAGAGCUUCCUGCUUCCUCUGUGCCCCGAGACAUGUCCGCUGGUGCAGUCCUACCUGGCCUGCCCUGGUCGCUCAUUUCUGCUCCAUGCCCACGCCCAGUUAAAGACUGGACUACAGACUCAAGACAGACACCUGUUCCUCUUCAGCGACAUCAUGGUUAUUGCCAAGGCCAAGUCAGCCAACCACUUCAAGCUGAAGGCCCAGGCGUGUGUGUGUGAGAUGUGGACAGCAGGAUGUAUGGAGGAGGUGUGUGAGGGGAGCACAAACCCAGACAGAGGCUUUGUCAUGGGUUGGCCUACCUGCAACUGUGUCGCAACAUUUAGCUCAGCAGAACAGAAGGAGAGAUGGCUCUCCCUCCUUAAAAGUCGGAUAAAAGAAGAAAAAGAGAGGGAAGAACCUAAAACCAUUCCUCUGAAAGUGUACGGGAAGGGAAUCAACACUUAUGCUGUGACCAAGACCCUCCCAGUCAGCAAUUCAGAUUCAACCAAUGAGGUGAUCCGACUGGCCUUGCAGCAAUUUGGCAUCCCAGGAAAUGUGAAAGACUAUCAGCUGUGGGUCAUCUCCAAGAGGGAUAACACGCCCUAUCCUCUCAUUGGUCAUGAGUUUCCCUUCAGUAUCCAGAUGAGUCAUGUGAGAGAUGUGCUGUCUCAGGCGGGCAGCAGCUGGGACACUGUAUCAUCUCCUGACAGACAGAGGGCGCUGCAGGCAGAGCAGCUGCAGGCAGACAAGCGGUGCCAGUUCAUCCUGAAGCCGCGACCCAUCGCAACAACACAGCAUGUAUUUGCAGAGUCGUCUCAGAAGCCAUUUAAGCGGAGGCGUUCUCUCAUCAACUGGGCCUUCUGGCGUGGCUCCUCAUCUCAGCUCAAUGAGCUGUCCAUGUCCCUGUCCCAGGCCGCCCCCGGCUGCUUGUUUGGUCAUCCGCUCAGCUCCGUCUGUGUUGAGGAUACCCUGCCCAAGCCAGUCAUGGACAUGUUGGUGUUUCUGUACCAUGAGGGUUCAUGGACACGAGGAAUUUUCCGGCGGCCAGCUGGGACUCGAGCCGUCAGGGAGCUGCGGGAGUCUCUGGACGCAGGCUUGUUUCAGCUUCCUCUGACACGAGACCACGUCUUCAUCAUUGCUGGAGUCUUUAAGGAUUUCUUGCGUAGCAUCCCUGGUAGUCUGCUGUGUUCUGAAAUGUAUGAGGAGUGGAUGGAUGUUCUGGAGGAAGAGGAGGAGGAGGAGGAAGAACAGGUGCAAGACAUAAAGAGGCUGAUUGGUCGACUGCCCAAAGAGAACGCCCUGCUGUUGCGCUAUCUGAUUGCUAUGCUGCAUGGUAUCCAGGGCAACGCCCACGACAACCUGAUGACCAGUUUGAACUUAUCAGUGUGCAUCGCUCACAGCAUGCUGUGGCCUCCUGGCCCUUGUAGUCCUGAAGUGGAGGGCGCCGGAGCCAAGAAGGUUUGUGAGUUGGUGAAGUUUAUGAUCGAACAUUGUCAGCAGAUUAUAGGAGAGGAUCCAUCUUCCCUGUUUGGAGGGCCUCCACAAAGACUCGACACUGACGAGAUGGCAUCAGAUUCCUGGCACUACUCUCUGACCGACUCGUCCUACGACAGUUUAGAAAAUGAGCUAGACGACCACAGCAGCGGCACAUCGCCGGCCCUCCACGCCAGAAAGGUCUGCCUCAAAGUCAAACCUCUGCAGGGUAGCCUGGACUCCAUUCUCACACUCAGUGACUGCGACCAAGACACCGACCCAGAUACACACCACGCAUGCGGCAAACCUGUCAAGACAAACUGUGUUAUGUUACACCCAUUUGGAAGAACCACAGGUAGGACGCAAGGUCCCAACUCAUCUCUGGCCUGCCCCAAAAAGGAGGCACCAAUGGUAGGCUCCUCGUCCACCUUGGACUCCUUGGCACUGGAUGGCCGGCGUAGGCAGAGAAGGCGUUCUGAGCCCGCCAUAGCAUAUAUGACCGAGUUUCGAGCAUGCCUCUCAGGGAGCAACGAUGACCUCACUGAUGAGGAGGAGGACAAUGAUAAGGAGCUUUCCAAAGGGCCCAGCGGUCACACACGCACUCACACACACUCAAGGGCUCAGAACAGGAGGGGUGGACGUGAAUCUGGGUUUGACCUGCUGGGUGGGAGGUCACUUGGCCUAAAGACCAGCACUUCUAGCCUCUCCUCUGACGCGACCUCCCCUGUCCCGACUCGCACCUCCCUUGACUCUCUUGAUUCUCUAGGUGACCAAACCGGGCAGACUAGGCAAGGAGGGUUUUGCUCAGCUAAAGCAUGCCUUCCCACCUCCUCUUCCUCCUUGGCCAUCUCCCCCCCCUCUGGCUCUGGACCUACCUCGCCCCCCUUCACACCUUCCGGUCUAGGCUCUGUUCUGGAUCCAGGUGGAGAUCCAGACCAGAGGAGUUGCCCAAAAGACUCCACACCUAAAGAGACUCUCCCCUGGGGGACCCUGAAAAGCAGCGGGGGCCUCCACCCAAACUCCUGGCUGAAGAAAGCGCGGAGGUUGUCGCUGACUCAGCAGGACAACUUGGAGAAUGAGGAGGACACAACUGGGGGAAGAUCCAUUGAUAAGUCACUCUGUCCUGGUAAACUGGACCCGGAGAACGGGAGGCCGGGAGAAAAGGGCAGAGGAAAACAGAUGUUCACUGAGCAGACAAAGGCCAAGCCAUCCACCAGACCCACAAAAGAAAGAGGAGGUGGGCAGGUGAGGGCGAGGCCUGGCCAGGAGCCUGCCAAGUCUCUCUUUCCUAAGCAUGACUCCUCCAGCAUCCCAGCCCACCACCGUUCAACUGGGAACCUGCAGUAUCCCAAGUCCCCCUGUCUCCGUCCCUCCGACUCCAGUUUGCAGCUUACCAAAGCAUCCCAGCAGCAAGCCGACACAGGAAGUGAUGUUACCAGUCAGGGGCAAGCAGCAGGAAGUGAUGUUAACGAGUUCAAGCAGCCAUCAGAGGCUGUAUUUCACAGGCAGAGUGGACCAAUGUUGUCCCUGUUCAGGCGGCAAAAACGACACUCUGGUGUCGCUGGUUUGGAGGAGGAGUGCAAAGCAAGGCUUUCUCAGCGGCGGGCCUCGGAGCCCGGGCGGUUGGUCAUGGACCGAACCUCUACCCUCUACCUGGAUGGUCUCUACAGGCAAAACGUCCGCAGGAGGCUGCCCAGUGACCCAGGACUGAAGGUUUCUGAGGUGGAUUCUCAGGGAGGGACAUCGGAACCCCGUUUCUGCCUCUCCCCCCAUGCCACCAAAGCAGUGCGGGAAUACUUUUCAUCCCACCCACGCAGUAACCCCCAGAGUGGCCAGCAGGUGGCACUAGCCCUGGUUGAGAGUCACAGGGAAUGGCUUAAGAGAUGCCAUGAUCCGACAGCAGAGUCGGACUUUGACCAGCUUCUGUUUGCUGAAGAAUCAUAUGUCUGAUUAAGCCGAUACCCGAGCUUAUCCAGAAACAUGAUGUUUCCAGAGAUUUGAAUGGCAUUUGAGCCUCAGAAUCCAUUUUACCACAAUGUGACAAAAUCCUUAAUGUGGCAUCUUCCAGCGAUAAGCAAGAUAAAUAAACACUAGAAAGGCCAAGCAAUGGCAGUGGCCUGCAUUAUAAAAUUUAGCAAUAACCCCCUAAAAUCACUCCAUUAAAAGGCCAUGCCAGUGGUUUUGCAGUUUUAGUGUAAUAUCUACAAAAUGUAUAUGCUUCACAUUUCUGCUGACCUCCAGUAUUCCCAUUGAUCAGCCAGCAUGCAAUAUCAAAGAAGCUAAUAUUAGCAAAGAUAUAUCAGACAAUCUAAUAAAGACAGCUGUGAAGGACUAAUACUGUGACAGUCAUGACAUUUGUUUACCAUAUUUAACUGACAAAAUAUGUUGAAAAAUGGUGGUUCUUUGGCUCUGCCUGCUGAGACUCAACUCCCCUCAUUGAAAUGAUUUCUGCCUGUAGAACUCAACACAAAUCUUCUUUUCCAACAUGCCUCUGUGUAGACAUUCAAAGCUGGUUUGUGCCACAUAUAAAGUGUAGCGUGAGCAGCUUCACUUCAUUAUGACACAUCAUCAGAUGAUCAGAUUUUGUCACUUGGCUUGUAGCAAAAAUGUAGCUCAGAUACAUCUGGACUAUGCAUAGAACUACAAUUUGCUUUUGCUCUUUACACAAAAUGAGUGUAUCAGUUUUUUUGAUAGCUUUAAGAUAUCUGUCAAUUUCUGAGGUAAGACUGACUGAGCCGGAUGCUAUCAUAAAUAUAAAACCUACUUUGAUUUAAGAUCAUGACUUUAUUUCAUAAUUGCUUAGCAGCUUAAGGGAAUGUAACGUAUCUAGGAUUUUACUAUCACAUACUGGAUUUAAUUCAUCAUCUGGUUACUCGCAACUUCUUAAUAAUCUAACUAAUUCAUGCUUAUGUUAAGUUUCCACUAAUAUUGGUAUUGCUGUUUGCCAAGAGUUAUUUUAAUGAAUAUCAUUAUUUACUGCCUGCCAUUGAAAAACGUUACUAGCUGUAGUGAACUCUUGCUUUGAAACUAAUCUGAUCACAAAUAAGGAAUAAGGUUUUUACUGUUUCUUAGUGCAAGCACUAGCAGCAACACUAUCUGUGCGCACAUAGACACAAACAUGAUCUCAGCUAAUGUGAUAUACACAUUCUAUAUUAGCUGGACUAACAGUAGCACAACUACCAAGAUACGAUCCUUAAUUUCUGUUGCCAACAAUGUGGUUUCUCUUUUUUUUUCGCCUGUAUCGGUUUGCAUUAUAUCCAAAUUUUUUUUGUAUAAAUGACUGUUUAUGACUGGGUACAUUCCUAGUGUUGUAUUGUUUUUCAGGCUUGAAUUUUAUGCAGCUCAAACUUUUGUUUCAAUAGGCUACAGGACUGUUGCUUUCUUACAUUUUCUAUGCCUCCUUUCUACCAUGUAUUCAUAUGCUUUGUUAAUACUUGAGUCUAAAAAUCUGCAUUUGCAAAUAAAAUACCCCAUGAAUGGAAAA